UUGGGGAACACUGGCUGGCCCCUCAAAGUUGGGGCAUAUGCUUUUUAGGAUGUGGCCCCACCCCUUCCCUGAUGAAGUCAGCGACAGUCCGAGGGAGGGAUGUGGAGCAUCCUUUAUUCAGGAGUGGUGCUCACAGACCUCUCUUCCUUUGGACGAUAGUGUCACACCACCCCUGCCCGGAGCAUGGGCCUUGCUCGUGGGUCCGGAUGCCCUCGGGAGGUUUAUCAUCUUCCCUUGCUGACCCCAGCCCUCCUCGUUGGGCCUGUCCGGUGGGAGGCGGAGCAGCAGGACACUCCCCCACGCCGGAGAGGCCUGGAAGACCAUAGUUCACGACGCUGACGCCCGUUUACCACCGCUAAACGCCACUACCCCCUACCGCACCCCCAGUCCUGUCUCAGCCCUAGCGUCUCAGGGCCAGAGUGGCCACGUCGAUAGCUAGGGCUCCUGGAUCCUCCACAGGACAACCAUCCCACACCCUAAUGAAGAAGAGAACCUUAAGGGGACUGACCCAAGACUGAGGGGAGGGGUGCCGAUGGAUAGGGAGCGGAGAUGGGUUUUCCCAUUCCUCCAGAGGUCCUUGGGCCUCCUGCACAAGAGAGCAUCCUGGAUUUCUCAAGUGUGAGAAGCCAUUUGGGGUCUCCCCAGUGUACAGCCCUUCCCCUGAGAUAGGUCCCUGCCUCUUUCCCCCUGUCCUGUCUCCAGCUAAUCUGUGUGUGUAACCAUUGCAUCAGGCCAGCCCCCUGUUUGGCUUUGCAGCCCUCUGGUCUGGGACUCCAGUGCUGAUGAAAGCAGCAUCCCACGCACUGGAAGGCAAGGAGGGUUCCCCAGGGAGGACAGCCCUGAAGAGAAACAGUCUGGGCGAUAUUGCAUCUCCAGUCCCUAGGGAUAAGUAGCUGCUGCUCUGGCUUCUAGGCUUCCUCCUCCCUUCCCUGUAAAAGACCAGGGAGAAUUUGUCCGUGCUUUCCUUACAAAUUACUUAUCAUGCACCUACUAUGUGCCAUGCAUUUCAGGCCCAGGAUAUAUCCAUGAACAAGAAAAUCUCUGCUCUAGCAGAGCUUACAUUUCAGUGGGAAAAGGUUCACGGUGAACAAAUACAAGUGCAGUGGAGAAAACCAAAGCAUGGAAGGGUAGCCAAUGCUCAGGGUGAGGUUACAGUUUUACCUUGGAAGGCUAGGGAUUCUCUCACAUUUAAAUGAGGUGACAUUUAAAAGAUCUAAAGAGAGGCAAGGGAGUAAGCCGCGCAGGUAUGUGAAAGGAAGAGCUUUCCAGAAGAAGGAACAGCAAGAACGGAGGUCCUAGUGUUCCAGAAGGAAGUGCAUCUUCAUACAUCACCACACUUGAGAGCAGAACCUGAUCCAACUGCAGAGAUGGCAGCUGAGUCCUUGCCUUUUUCCUUUGGGACACUGUCCAGCUGGGAGCUGGAAGCCUGGUAUGAGGACCUGCAAGAAGUGCUGUCCUCAGAUGAAAAUGGGGGUACCUACAUUUGUCCCUCUGGAAACAAGGAGGAAGAAUCAAAAACCUUCACCACUCUUGACCCCGCCUCUCUGGCUUGGCUGACUGAGAAGCCAGGACCAGCAGAGGUCACAAACAGCUCCCAGAGCCCUCGCUCUCCAGAUUCCAGUCAGAGCUCCCUGGCUCAGGAGGAAGAGGAGGAAGACCAGAGAAGAACCAGGAAGCGGAAACAGAGUGAUCAGUCCCCAGCUGUGGCUGGAAAGCAACGCAUGAAGGAGAAAGAACAAGAGAAUGAAAGGAAAGUGGCACAGCUAGCUGAAGAGAAUGAACGACUCAAGCAGGAAAUCGAGCGCCUGACCAGGGAGGUAGAGGCGACUCGCCGAGCUCUCAUUGACCGAAUGGUUAAUCUGCACCAAGCAUGAAGAAUUGGGACCAUCACUUCCCCCUUGGGCCACCACCUACCUUUCACAAAAGUGGCUGCUGACCAUCUUUCUCCAGUGCCAAUGAUGUGACCCUCAACCCCAUCUAUUCAGGAGGCGGGAAAGCUUGGGGUAGACAACAGGAAAGGGUCUCAGCAUGUAUAUAGAGAUUGUAAAUUUAUUUAUUAUUGUCCACAUCCAUUAAAGUAACUUUCUAUGA